CCCUGGGGGGGGGGGGGGGCGUGCGCCGGAGAGACGCUCAGAACUUGUUCCCUAUGGCUUUUCUCCGCGCCCCAUUCGAUCCCUCCCUCGCCGACACCCGUCCCCCGCGCCAUUCUUCUGCCGCUGCACCCGAACAGGGAAGGGUAAACCAGUGGGAUCUCUCCCCGGCUCUGCAACAUGAUAUGCGCUCUCCAGGCAGGGAAAGACGAUGCGAACCGAUCUGCACCUCUUACUCACACAAACGUCAACCGAGAGCCCUUGAACUGCAAGCUCUCCAUCGGCUGUUGGAUGCGGCAAGUCGCAAAUGCUGAUUUUUUUCGCGCUCUUCUGCUGACUUCGACUCGGCGUCUCGGGCAUCAGCAGGAUGGGGAUGGAGAACUCGCCCAGCAAGCAAACGCGAUGGCCGGGGCCUGGAGGAGGAAACAAACUUCUUUUGUUGCCGUACUGUCGUUACUGACAAAAGCAUUGAUUUUUUUCCCUGUCAUUUUCCCUGAAAACCCCACUGCUGGAGGGAAAGGCUCUGUGUGACUUUCCUUCCCCUUGCCUUGGUUUCCCAACCAUUAGUAGAAACAACUUCCAGGUUCCGAGACAAGAGAAGUAUGAAAAACGCGCAAUGAAAUGGAAAUCCAAGAUGCC